CCAAGGUGACUUAAGAGCAAAAUGUCUUAUGUCGGGAACAUGAUUAUCAUCUUGUUUUUGUGUGUGUUGUUAGCUCCUACAACUGCGUUAACAGGUUCUCACUCAUUGUGGAUGCUUGCAACUUACAUGAAAGGAGAGCCAUAUUCUGAAAUAAGUAUCACAUUCAUGCUGGACGACAUAACAGUAGGACACUAUAAUUCAAAAACUGAAAGAUACAUUGCACGACAUAAUACUACAAAUGAAGAUGAGCUCACUUGGAACACAUUUUAUGUUGCAAGACAUGAUUUGCAUACCUUUUUUGUGAGAAAACUAAAAUUUAAGAACCAUACAGAAAGUCCUCAACUUUAUCAAAUGAUGAGUCACUGUGAGCUACAGGGCAAUAACAAGCCAGGCCAAAUGGUUUCUAAGAUUGCAUUUAGUGGCUCCACAACAGAUGAAAUGAGUAUUUAUGAGAACAAGUUUACAUAUCAAAGCCAAAAAGAAAUGCCAAGUCUGGCUUUGGAGCUAAUCAAGUGGCGUCAUGAGAGUGUAAGCUACCCAACGUGCAUUUCAACUCUCAGGAAUUACCUUAAAAUGAGACAAACUCAAGUAAAUAGAAAAGUAAAACCCAAAGUCAGACUCUUUCAGAAAGCAAACUCAGACUCUGGAGGUUUUCGUGUGAAUUGUUUGGCGACAGGAUUUUAUCCUCGUCACAUCAACCUGACCCUGUUGAGAGAUGGACAGCCUGUAUCUGAAAAUGAGGUCACUGGAGGAGAUCUGCUGCCCAAUGGGGACGGGACAUACCAGAUGAGGAAGAGUCUGGAGAUCAGAGCAGAGGAGAGACAAAAACACAAAUACACCUGCUCUGCAAAACACCUCAGUCUGGACAACAAACUCAUCGUCACAUUUGACUUUGACCCUGGUGAACCAUUUAAAUCAGUGAUUCCCUCAGUGCUGAUAAUUUUGUCUCUGGUGUUGGUGUUUAUAACUGGAGUUGUCAUAUAUAAAUGCAGGAAAAGACGAGCAGUAUCAUCUAAAAGGGAUUAUAUUUCAGCUUCAACGUCUGAAGAAAGCACUGGCUCAACAGUAACACAACCACAACAGGAAGCUACUUAAAUCAGUGAAACAUGAAGUAAAUGAAAACCUGACAAUUUUGGAUGGUUCAUUAUCAGUCUUUCUGCGUCA